AUGGAUAAUUUCCCAGAGAUUUUUCUCAAAAUUAAGCCCCUUUUCGAUUCAAUCAUCAAACAGCCGACCCGAGAAGGGAUUACGGCACUCAACGAUCACCUCAAACGAGUUGAUAGCCAGAGUGUGCAGAUUCUACAGAACAUUUUCCUGCAGCAGCUGGUCAUACUCGUCGAUACGGUUCCCGGAGAGAAUCAAAAUGAACUGAAAACGCACCUGCUGGACUGCAUCGCUACGAUACUACAGAAAGGGCUGCUUCGUAAAGCGGUUGCUAUGAAAACAACUCUGCUCAUCGCGGUUAAACUUAUCUACGACGCAGAUACUGGGCUCCUUAAACCGAAUUUAUCCGAAGAAUACAAGCUAGCCGUCUUAAAGGUGAUUUCCAGCGUCUCGCGCCGUAUGCAGAGCGAACUGGUGGAAGAGAUUUAUGUGCGAGAAAACCUCACGCUACUCUCAAGGGGCAUUUUCGUGUGCGUUAGCAUCAUCGAUACCGAGCGAUACCGGAAGCUACGUUUUCAGGCCGUCGAUGCUAUCCUGUCGUUGCUACAAAUUCACGAUGAUUUCGAUUUCCACGACACGGUGCUCCGGUGUCAGGUGGCGGAACUUUUGUUCAUAGUGCUCCCGAAACUGCUGGCCACCUUCGUGACCAUCAUAAAUGGCGAUGAAAAACAAGGCGUUGCCGUGCAACGCAUAGCAAUAAAAGCGCUCGGGCGUACGCUGGGUCUUGUUUUUGAAGACUACGCCAAAGAAUCGACCAACGAGACUAUACACACGGAUCAGUUCCGCCGCCUGGUCGAGACGACGGUAGCAGCUAACAAAGAGGACCGAAACGUUUUAGGAGUGGGAAUUAAGCGGGAACAAAAAUCCGACUACUACAACAAAACGCAGCGAACACGUGAGUGGUUACUGGAGGCCGAGAAACAGGUGGAGAAACUGUUUCCAACCAUUCUCCAUCUGCGUGGUCACGAAGAGGAACUGAUACGGUUGGAGUUUGCAAAACUGAACUGUAAUCUGCUGGCCAACUGCACCUAUCAUAUGCCGACGUGUACGGUUCACUAUUUGCAAUCCAUCAUCACGCUGUGCGAGGACGAUUCGGAACGGAUUCGUGUAAUGUGCCAAAAUUGUCGCAACACCGUACCGAGCUUUACGCUUUGCAUCGAAGGUAAUCGCAUCGAUGAUAUGUUCUACGAUACGCUCGCUCAGGCCCCGCGUGCCAUCUAUCGAGGGGAGGAAAGGGAACAGAUAGCGAUCUUUCGGCUUAUCUCGGGCUAUCUAAGAUUCUUCUCGCCAUCCCAACUGACGAACGUAUUUUCCAAUGCAAUCAUCUUGCAUCAAUUCAUCGCAAUCCUGCUGGCUGGUGCUGAGCUGGAAAACGUGGACGAACUGGUACGCCGCGAGUACGUUUCCUAUCGAUUCGAGUAUGAGGAAGGCUUUCGAUUACAGAAAGAGAAAAAAGAAUCACGCUGGAUUGUGCUAAAAAACAUACAGUCCCCUCGGGCAAAACAGUGCUUUCUGCAAAUCUUCGACGCCCUCCAGCACCAUCACGAACAGUGCGUAAACACCGUGUUCAUGUAUAUCUUGGAAGAUAUUUUCACUUCUCGCAUUAACGGCAAUGGUUAUCUGUACAUUAUGAGCGAACUUGUACCACCGGCAGCGCAAGGCCAGAACUCCGCUGCUGGUUCGCUGCUGGAAGAAACGUUGAAAAGUGUUUUGGCUGAAGUAAUGCAAUCCUAUCACUGGCUGCUGGAACUAGACGAGAACGAUAGUGUGGCUGAGCAGAAGUACAAUACGCUCCACGUUUGUUUGGUGAUCCGUAUCAUCUCGAAAGUGGCCACCGCUAUGGCCGAUAACUUCAAAUGGUAUCUGUACGAUUCAUUACGAAUCAUCCUACGAAGUGCCAGCAGCACCUUGAACUGUUUAAACGAAACGGCAGAAAUGGCGCUCGAUACGAUCGCAACGGCUAUGGGACUGUCCAGUAUUCAACAGUUGGUUCACCGAAAUCUGGAUUACAUUUCACAGCACAUUACACGUUGCCUGCGCCGUACCGAGCACUUUGGCGAUGGUUUAGCUAUGCUAGAGUCUGUUUUGCGCUUCGUGCCAUACGAAUCUUCCAGCGUGCUCGAAUCAACGGUAACACCGAUCGUUAUGAACAUUCUCGAUAGCUACUCCCAGUACGGUGCACAAAAUUCCAUUCUCUGUUUGCGAGUUUUACAAAUCUUUAUUCACUCUAUGCGUUUGCGGUUUAAUGAUGAUAAUUCUGUUGGCGGCUCACAUCAAGCGACAUCGAACCUGGAAGGCGAAAGCCAAAAGCUAUCGGAACAAAUCAAGCGAUUGCAAAAUUUGCUUCGAAGAGAAAUCGCCAAUGAAAUCGACCCUUCAUUGGAAGACGCCGAGCUUGACCCAAUGGAGUGCGAUGAUAAGGAGCAAUCUGAGGACGUGGGAGAAGAAGGAGAAGGGCCACUGGAAGAAGAGGACGAUUACCAGAAGGAUGAGAAAAAGUUGCCGCCACACAUCAAGAUCGUACUCCGAAUAUUGACCGUCAGCUUCAAGUACCUUGCCUCAUCGAACGAUAUCGAGCGGAUUGUGGCACUUUCAACGAUCAACGAAGGCAUUUACAUACUAGAGCGGCACGAAAAUCAGCUGCUACCGCUGGUACACGACGUGUGGUUUAAUCUGACCGAACGGUUCAGUGACAAGAACCCAGCCGUCAUGAGGAAUGCGUUCGAGUUGCUUGUGACGCUAGCGAAGCUGGCCAAAGAUUUUAUUCGCAGACGUUCCCUAGAGGAAGUCUUUCCAAAAUUAUACAAAUUCAUGACGUCGAACUGGAAUGCCGAUUUCGGUGCUCAUCAGGUUUUUAAGCUACAGUGCAGAUUCCUGCAGUCCCUUCCGUGUCUGGUGCAGCAGCUUAAUUUCAACGAAAAACAGUUAGAUCAAGCGCUGGAAGUUGUCCGGCUGUACCUCGAGAAGAGCGAAAGGCGCGAACUGCAAAGGCACGCUUCCGAGUGCAUGCAGCACAUGAAAGCCGUUGACUCGUUGGCAGUCUAUCUAAAGGUAAAAAAAUAAAAAGC